GGGCGGAGCCUGAGUGCGCCUGCGCGCUGCGCACUACUCUGGGAGGCGGCGGCGAGGCGCAGGAGGAAAGAUGGAAGACUACCAAGCUGCUGAGGAGACUGCUUUUGUUGUUGAUGAAGUGAGCAACAUUGUAAAGGAGGCUAUAGAAAGCGCCAUCGGCGGCAACGCCUAUCAGCACAGCAAAGUCAACCAGUGGACCACCAGCGUCGUCGAGCAGACUUUAAGCCAGCUCACCAAGCUGGGCAAGCCAUUUAAGUACAUCGUGACCUGUGUAAUCAUGCAGAAGAAUGGAGCGGGGUUACACACGGCGAGUUCCUGCUUCUGGGACAGCUCUACGGACGGCAGCUGCACCGUGCGGUGGGAGAACAAGACCAUGUACUGCAUCGUCAGCGCCUUCGGGCUGUCCAUCUGAGCCACCGCGACCCUCCUCCCCGCUCCCCUGCCGGCGCACCCGGUGCCUUCCUCGUCCUCCUCCAGCGUGGUUCUCGGGCGCUCUCCGGGUGGAGAGAAAGCCAGAGGCCCGCCCUGUUCUGUGAACGGCACCCCCAGGUCAGAGACUCACCAUCUGGGCAGUCAGGCCUCUGCUGCCACUCGUCUUAACUCUGAAUACUUCUUUUCAAAGGUGCUAAAAACUGAAAUCUGCUACUUUGAAACUUUCUCUACUCUCUGAUUCAGAUACACUAAUUUUCCAUACUUUAUACUUUGGUUAGAGUAAUAAAUUAUUCCAAUUUAAA